GACUUCCUGAUACACUUUUUCGUAAAGUUUGCAGAUGUAGUGGACUGGACUGUAUUGUAUUGUAUUGUGUUUCCAGUACAGCGGUUAGUGCACAUUUUUGAGAAGUAACUGAAUAUGUACCGGCGGAGCACGAGGAUCGAAUGUUCCAUUAAAGUUACCGUGAAUAUAAAACCGGAAAGCUGCCGUCUCAGCUGAGAACAACUAACGUUAGUCGCCUUUUACUUCCAGGAAUGUGAUAUCUGGAUUUUAACAUUUGUUGGUGUCCAUCAUGAAGAAAAGAUCCCAUCGAGCACUAGAUCAAGAGGACCCUCUGUGCUGCUGUGAGUAUGUGGACCAUCAUGGUGAGCGGAGCCACAUGGCAGCAUGCUGUUGUGACUGUGAGGAUUUGGAUGAAGCUUGUGACAGGUGGAUGAAGAGGGAAGAACAAAAAACAGACUCUGUAUCCCGAGUGUUGGCCACCAUUAAUGAUCGUCUACGGGUGCCCUGGAUAUCCGGGGCCAGACCAGUUGACCUCUCGUUGAUUCCUCCCCUUAUACUGCUUCCUGUUUUUUUACACAUAGCAUCUUGGCACUACCUGUUGGGUAUUAUAGUGCUAACAACAUUACCAAUCAUAGUUCUUUGGUACUACUACGUCACCCACCGCAAGAAAGGACGUACGCUGUUCUUCCUCAGCCUCGCCGUCCUCUCCCUUUUCUACAUGUUCUACCUCUUCGUCACUGAAGUUGUUCCUCGUGGUGAUGUGAAUCAUUUUCAGUUGGGUGCCGUGACCACCGGUGUCGCUCUCACAGUCAUUUUCCUCAUAAACACCAAGAGGGGGCCGGGUUAUGCCAGGCCACGCCCCACCGACACUCAUAGCACAGUUACCUAUCACAGCCCACCGGCGGACGUAGACGGCGCGUAUCUAAAUGGAGCACGGCAUCAGGUGGUGAUAGCCAAUCGCGCAAGUUUUCUUCAUCAGAGUGGUGAAUCUGGGACAGCACAGGAGAGUGUGGAGCACAAGGAGGUUCAGAGGACAAACUGGUGUGACGUUUGCAAGCUGGUGCGUCCCCCGAGAGCCGGGCACUGUCGGAUCUGUGGCGUCUGCAUCUUACGUCUAGACCACCAUUGUGUCUGGAUAAACAGCUGUGUGGGACAGGCCAAUCACGUCAGCUUCCUUCUCAUGCUUGUUCUUUUCCUGUUGACGUCACUGUACGGGAUCAGUUUGGUUCUGGGAAGUGUGUGUCCCCAGCAGAACGUGAUGAUCGCUCUUUUCUACUGUCCUAACGUGUACGACGAGUACAGCACCGCUCUGUGUUUCACGUGCGCCUGGUACAGCAGCAUUGUGACCGGAGGUCUCCUGCACCUGCUGGUUCUGCAGCUUAUCAACGUAAGCUAUAACACGACCGAACGAGAGGCACGUCUCGCCCUGAGAGAGAAAACCGGCCGCAAGCUGCUGUGGGGUCUGGUCGUGGACACGGGCACCUACUAUCGAGGCUUCUGGAACAACUGGACAGAAUUCUUAACCAUGAGCAAAACUCUAGAGGCACCGACCUCCAAACCAACACACUUGGUGUAGAAGUAAAUCGUAGUCUCUUCUGACUAAUGGACCUUGAAGGGAUGCUGAUGAAUAGCAGGGGAUUAAAGUGAAUCAUCACUUAUAUACUAAUGUGAAGCAUAUUAUUGUGCUACAUAAUGCCUCAUAGAGUCAGUUUUAUGGCUCUGAUUUGGAGGUGGAGAAUGCCUGUUUAGACCACUAGGUGGAAGUGUUGCAGUGUGCUACAUCUUUACCAGUGUAAUUCAAUAUUUAGUACAUGAUUAUCAGGUGUGAUCUGAUUAGAUGGUGUUUACAAGGCAAGUCAUAUCAGAUAUGACAGGACAAUUUAACACGUGUUUUUUUAUUUUUAUGAUUAUUGAUGGCUAAAAUUUGUAUGCAUAUGUGUGUGUGUGUGUGUGUGUGUGUGUAAGUAUUAUCUUUCAUGUUUCUCUCAUUGUUUAACUCUUAUUUGUAUUUAUAGCAUUUCACCUUUUCUUCACUAAAUCAGCUUUAGUGUGGCCCUAAGCAUUAAUCGGUAACAUGUCUUAUCAGAAAGUGUUUUAACUUUGUCAGGAAUGUUGUCGUGAUGAGUCAUUGUUACUCAUUGCAUUUCUGGUUCUUCAUUUGCUCUCAGUUGGAUUAUAACAUUUAUUUUUUUGUCAUUUCAAAUCAAACUUUCAAAUCCAAAGUGUCUCCAUGGAGUUAGGAGGUGAAUGAACACUUUCAGCUGUUAUGUCAGCCUAAUGAAUGUUUUAUGUAAGGGUUCAAGUUUGUGUGCAUGUGCGUGCUUUUUCAUGUUCUUCAACUGAGGAUUUUCUUUUUGCAUUCAGUAGUAUCUUUGAAUCAAAGCGUGUUGCAUUUCUUUACAUUCCUUC